AUGAUUGAGGAUGCUCAGGAUGCGGAGACUUGCCAUGAUGUAGGGGUCUAUAGUGCAGAAGAUCCUUUCCAUGAUUAUUUUGUCUGUGUGGAAGACGCCACCGGUCUGGGUGACUUGGAGAUACCAAAGAAGAGCUCAAAUGAGGCUUCCUCGAGCCUUAAACUUACCAAUCGGUUUUCAACUCCAAGUGUUGAUCCCGGGCGCAAGCGAUCGAUUGUCAUUUCGGUCCCGGAUGAUGCUCGGGCUUCGGUGUUUCAUCAUGAGGCCUUCCUCCGAUCCCGAGAGGAGUUAAACCGGUAUGAGGCGGAGAUUCGGGGGCUCACCGAGAAGAAAGAUGCCUUCAAACUUCUUAGUGAGCAAAGAGAAGAGGAGGUCAAGAGCCUUCGAAAUGAUUUAGAGGCGUCCCAAGAAGAGCAUGCCGAUCUGGUCGAGCAGGUAAACAGAAUCUUUGCAGUUACUGAAGAAAAAUCAAGCAUAGUGACCAACGAUCUGAACCCACAGGUCCAACAAAAGAUUGACAUAAUCGGGCAGCUCCGUAAAGAGGUAGAGACUAUAAAGACCGAGGCUGAAGAAUGGAAAAAGAACAUGGAUCGCUUGGCCUCAGAAAAGGAGACUGCCCGGGCCCAGCUGGCCUCGACUGAAGUUCAACUCCAAAAUAUAAAGGAAAAAACCUUGGUGCAAGCCAAGAAAAUCGAGGAGCUCAAAUCUCAGUUGGGUUUUGUAAUUUCCGAUCGGGAGAAGUUGGUCGCGGAGCUUGAAGCGGCUAAAUCGGAGGUCGAAGCAACCAAGGCCAAUGUUGAUGCAACGGUGGCUGUUUACCGGGCCGAUGCCGAAGCUGCUCAGCUCCGAGCAAAGGAGGUCACCGAGGUUGCUCAGGUUCGAGCAAAUUGGGUUGCCAAGCAUGCCAAAUGCCACCUAUCAUCAGAGACUCUCAAAGAGAUCCACACUCGGGGCUUCGAUCUUUCAACCGAGAUCGAGAACGCUAGGAAGCUUGAAACUGAGGCCAAGAAAUUAGCUUAUCCCGAUGAUGAUGACGAAUCCGAAAGCUUGAGCGAAUCUAAAAGCGCGAAAGAUUCCGAGGGCAGAGAUGCCACUCUCGGAGAUGGAGAUGACCAGGCUACUUAG